CUUAAAUUAAACUUUCUAAAGUAAAAAUAAAAAAAAAAUUUUUCUUAAAUUAAUAUGAGUAAGUGGAUUUUGGAAAAUAAUAAUGAUAUUAAUAGAUUUAAUGUUAUUUUCCACGUUCAUUUGCCAGAGGGUAUUGAAAAAAAUGGUUACCCUAUAGUUCUUGGCGAUGGAAAAGAAUUAGGAUCAUGGGAAACCCCUAUUGUAAAACUUCACCAACCAUUUUCUCAGAAUUCAACAUAUUGGCGAUCUGAUCCAGUUAUUAUUUCGUUAUCAAAUGUCAACGAAAAUAAAGUUAUUCAGUAUAAAUACGCUAUUCAUAUAAAAAGGUAUCAUCAUAAACUUCGCGGGACAAUUGCGUUUGAAGGAAAUAGCAUUCAAGACAAUCGCAUGUUGGAUAUUGAGAGGAAUGAUCAAUUUGACAUAUGGAAAAAUAAUUAUAGUUUCUCCGAAAAAUAUCACAUAAAUAAUAAUAAUAUACGCGACUUUGCCUUUGUGGAUUAUAUUUAUAAUACUAUCAAAGAAAAUAACCUUAAAGAGAAAGUUUUGGAAUAUCAAUAUCUGUUAACUCAUCACAAGGAACUUACGAUACGCGCGUUAACUUUCAAAUUCAUUAUAAAUCGUGUCGAUAUUAGAUCAAGAGAAAAACGACUUUUCUUAUGUCUCCUUUUAGGUUAUUUUAUUUCAAUGCAAGGCGAGUUUUAUGAGUUGCCAGAUCAAUUUCCAUCUGCAUCAUUGCUCAAGGCGCUACAUGGAUAUAAAUUAGAAGAUUUACCUUCAGACGCCAAAGGCCAUAUGUAUACUGCUAUUACGUUUUUAGUCCAGAAUAAUGCCUUUCAGAUGAAAUUUGAUUGGCUCAUUAUUUUUACAAUUGCUUCUGAAGUCGAUCCUAAUUAUGAUUUCAUUGAACGCUUAAGAGCUCUAAAAUAUUCUAAUGAAAAUUAUUUAGCGAAUUUUAUUAAAAAAGCUGAAAUGAUUAUUAGACCUAAUAUUCAUAGUAAUGAAUUUGAAACUUACGUUAAACUUGCCAAGUGGUUGAUUCAAUUAUGUCAUAAUAUGGAUUCUCUUUUUAAACUUUGGGAUGAUGUUCUUUUACAUAAUAAUAAAUUUGAUGAAAGAGUUUCUAAAUGUUUUACCGAACGAGUUCGAGCGAAUAUUUCUCAUGCUGAUGCUGUAGCUUUGGAAUACCUCUUUAAAAGACUUCCAAAAGAUUAUCGAGACCGUGUCUCUGAAAUUUUCCGAGAUCAAGUUAUAUUUUUACUUGAAAGUCCAAAUAGAAAGUGGACAUACGAAAACAUCAAUUCUAUUAAAAAGUUACUUCAUGACAAUUGUCUGAAUUGGCGCAGAGACGAUGUAAUCCUAUCAUUAGAGUUAAUAUCUCAGUCACAUACUUUAGAAUUAUUAAAUAUAUUUUCAGAAAUUUUGGAUGAUUGGUUCCAUAGUGAUUUUUCAGAUACCAAAGAGAAAAAGAUACCAAAAAUUUGUGUAAUGUGGUUUAAAAAUCUUUUACUCAAACUUGAUACAAACACAAGCAAUAAAAAAUUAUCAAAUGAAAGCAAUUUUAUUUUUUCGGUAUUUCAACAAUUAGAACUUAUGUAUCCUUUGCUUGGUCAAAGGAUUAAUAUUUGGCGAGAUUUAACAGCAAUUGCCAUAGAUAGGGUGAAGAAUUACUCAGAAGACCGAAUCUUUACUGCAACAAAAUUAAUAGUACAAAUAAAGCAAGAUAAUGUUAAAGUAUUAUUUUUAGAGAUGGUAAAAGACAUGUUAAAUAAGUCUACUCUACAAACUCACGAUCAGUUGUUAAACAAGAUACGCAUUAUUUGCGAUUGCAAAACAACCAAGAUUCUGGACGUUCCAAACAUGAUAAGCGAAGAUAUUUUGUAUCAUAUUAUGACUAGAUUACAAAGCCAAUCGACUUCUUUCAGCGCUUCAGAACAUCAUUUGAGUAUUUUAAAAGCUAGUAACUUUUGGAAUAUUAUAUUACGCGCUACUGGAAACGUUGCAAAACUAAACUCAAACCCAUUUGUUAAAAAUACUAAAAUCUCUAUUAACGAACUUGCUGGAUUACUUCUUGAAAAAGCGAUAGAUAUCCAAUUAUUACAACAAAUUUUAGAAUAUGAUGACGAAUAUCUAUUUCAACAUUUUGAUGCGGCUGUUGCUAAGAAAGUAUUGGGAGAUGUAAUCGUUUCUCGAGAUGAAAUUGCAAAACUUAGAAGGAUAUAUAAUGAUCAUCAAAUUCAACUCGAUGUACUAUCCAAGUUUUAUAGCAGAUUUUGUCCAUCCGAGAAAGUAAUAGAUGUAGCUGAUUAUAUUCGAGAUGUAAAACAGAAUCUGCAAUGUUUAGAUAAAAUAAAGGUGAAACAAGUAUUCUCAUCAGAUCAUUGGGCAUUUCAUGAGAAAACUUUGGACAGUGCAAGACGUUGCUACAAAUUUAGUCGAUCUCAAUCUUUUCGAAAUAUCUUUGAAGCUUGUAUCCGGAAUGAUACUGCUGCAACAAAAGUAGAAUAUAUAGCACAAACAUUAAUACCGAUUGUGUUUGAAAAGUAUAGUGUUAUGUGUAAACAACUCGAAGAAUGGAAAAAGCUCAAAUGUUCGGAUGCGUUUUUAUUUUGGAAAAAUGUUAAAAAUAUCAAUGCAGAACUCGAUUUAGUGGAAGGCUGUGAGAAAUAUAGAAGUCAAGAAUUUAUACAAACCCUUGAACGACUUCCAAACUGGAUUGGAAAAUUCGAGGAACUUGAAAAGGUUGUGAAAAUCUUCGGAGUACCGCAUAAUGAUGAUAUUUUAAAAGACAUCAUAGAACUUGGGCAAAUAAAUAAUUUUUUCGAUUGUCCUUAUAGAAGUCUUUCUAACGUUAAUCAAGAUUGCUGGGAAUUGAUAAGAGUGCUAGCAAAUGCUAAUGAUUUUAUAAUAUUCUUUAAAAAAAUUUAUAAGCAUGAUAUUAAAAAUUUGAUUAAUGGCAUUGAUGAGGUUCAAGAAGAUAUGGUUUCACUACUUAUUCAAGUCAGGCAAUUUUUAUUUCCUCUUAUGAAUAAUGAAAUGGGGGGUAUUGACAGUUUUUUAGUUGCAUUAUUAAAUGUUGUGAAGAAAGAUCCCACUUUAGGGGAGAAGAUUGCAUUAUUUAAUUGUAACAAUAUAGCAUUACGAAACAUGUACAAUAAUAUUCAAUAUCGUGAAGAUAUUUCGGAAAAAAUUGAAAAUGCUGUAUUUAAUGGUACUUACAUUUUUACACGUGAAGAAAAAGAUAAUGAGUGCUUUGUUUCAUUAAAAUAUUUUUCUAAAACUAACGUGGUAAUGUAUAAUAUGAAUGACAUCUUGGAUUUACGUGAACAAGCUCUUUUGGUUACAAAUGAAGAAUUUGUUGUUCAAGUUAAUAUUGCGCAAGACAUAAUCAAUAUAAUGUCUUCGUUGAUUCAAAUUGGUCAUUUUGAUUAUAGAAAGUUUGAAAAGGAAUUGCAAGGAGCAGAUAAUAUGAAAGAUUAUCAGAAAUUAUUGAAAGAUGAAUUCAAAAAAUGGGAAGAUAUAGUAGACCGUGCGCAAGAAAAAUGUUAUUACUUAACAUUCUUUACUACUCGCCAAAUUUUGGCAUUUUAUGAUUAUUUCACGUCGGAAAAAUUAGACAAGGAAAAUGAAGAAGAGUGCAAAACAUUGAUUAGAUUUGUGAACAGUAAAGCUCAAUUACCAUCACAUGGAGAUGUUCGAGGAAUUUUAAAUGGAUUUAAAGAUCAUUUUGAAAUUCUUUAUGAGAUUGGAAACGAAUUAGAAAAAAUUUUUAGAGAUAUUCCCAAACAAUCACGUAUACUUAAGGGUUUUGGACAUGAUAUCAUUACAAUAGGCAAAUUAUUUGUUGUUACUUAUACUGAUAAGAUACAAGUUCCAAAUACUAUUAUGUCAUUAUAUGCUAGUUAUGGAUAUUAUCCUGAACCAUGGCAAAGUUUGAUAUGUACAUCAUCAACUACAAUGGAGGAACUCAUGAUUUUCGUUAAAAGAAGUUUUUUUGCAUCAAAUAAUGGAUACAAAAAUCGCAUGUUCUGUAUCAUAAAUUUAGAACUAUUAGAUUUUGAAUUGCAAUAUAAUUUUAUAAACUACAUCAAAAUAAUGCAAUUGGAAUAUAAGAAUGAAGAUUAUCUAUUAGCCCUUCUAUGUUAUCAAAAAUCUGAAUUGUCUAAUUACAUCUUGGAUCAAUUUUCUUUAAAAGUUCAAGAGAUUAACGAAUUAGAUGCUGAAACAUUGAAGGAAGUUUAUCAGGAAUUAUUUAUAAAUAUAACAUGUAUUUCUUCUGAUUUAUCCGGUCAAGGGAAAACUGAGUGGAUAAAAGAGGCUAGCUAUUCUAAACAAAAAAUUCCACUCAGUUUCCUAAUAAGCGAUAAUAUGGAUCUUGAAUAUCUUGUAAAUAAGCUUAAAGCUUGUAAACUUAAGCAGAUACAAAGCUUACAUAUCAAUAUUUUAUCGGCUGAAUAUCCUGAAGAAGUGAAUUUAUUUUUAUUUGAACUAUUUUUUAAUUUAGUUUCGUAUAAUAAUAUAAGAGUUUCAAUUCCCGAUACUUUUAUAUUUAUUGAGAUAUCAUCUUCAGUAAAUCGAAAUUUUCUUCCAAUGUUAAGAUUUCCGCAUCAUAAACAUUUAUCUUGGAAUAUUAAAGAUUUUAGAGUAUCUCAAGAAGCAACAAGUUCAAUUCAGAUUGUUUGUCGUUAUUUGAAAUUAUAUGAUCUUGGAAAAAUUGAUACAAAAGAAAUUUUCGUUCAAGCGCAAGAAUCUGCCAAAGAUCCUUUAUCACAAGAUAUAUGUCAACAUCUAAUUAUGAAAUAUUUUUUGAAUGAAAAUGAUGAAAAUGAUAAAAAUAUUUCAUCAUUUAAAUAUAUUGAAAUCUUUGUUAAUAUUUUAUCGAAUCAAUUAAUUAGACUCUCGUUAAGUCAAUGUUUCACAGUAAACGAUUUAAAAUUAAAUUUUAAAGAAACUAAUAUCAUAUCGACGAUUAUCAAGUCAUUAUUAAGUACUUCAAAAAAUUUCAUAAAUCAAUCUAUUAAUGUAAAAACGACUCAACUUAAGUCCUUAACUCCUAAAUAUGAAAAUGAGAUUAUUAAAUUCGACAAUUCAUACGAUUACAUACUAUUUUUUGAUUCACAAACUUCAAAUUCUUUCUCUGUAUUAUAUCACGACAAGGAUAAGGUUCCUGAUAAUAUUAAAUUGUUACUAAAGAGUCAAGUACCUGUUAGUCCGGAAAAUUGGGAAUUGGGUGAUUAUAAUGCAAUGACUGCAAAUGAACUUUUAUUGAAACUGGAAGCAAUAGCACAUGGUUCGAACAAAGAAUUGUGUCUUCCAGAAUAUGCUUUAUCCGCUGAUAAUCUGACGAAGAUGGCCUUAAUUUUUCUGAGAGUACGUGCAAGCAUUCCAGUUGUGAUCUGUGGUGAAGCAGGAUGUGGCAAAACAAGUUUGAUUACAUAUUUGGCUAUGAUAGUUGAAGUACAAUUCUAUACUCUUACCAUUCACGCUGAAAUUGAUGAAAAAUCUAUUAUGAUAUUUAUGAAUGAUGCUUUGAAAAAAGCGGAAGGAGCUGAAAUUUGGAUAUUGUUUGAUGAAAUAAAUACGUGUAAUCAUUUAGGUUUACUUGCAGAUAUAAUAUCAAAUAGAAAAUUUAGGGAUAAACCUAUUCAUCCAAAUGUUCGGUUAUUUGCUACUUGUAAUCCAUAUUGUCAUCAUACAAAAGAUCGAUUGACGAAUAAGAGUAAAAUAUACGAUGAAAACCAAAUUAAUCUUAUUUAUCAAGUCAAACCUCUUCCUGAUCAAAUUUUAGAUUAUGUUUGGGACUUUGGUAUUAUAAAACCAAAUUAUGAGUACAGAUAUAUUCAAAUUAUGGUUGAAAAAGAAUUAAAAAAUUAUUUAGAACAUUCCGUAUUUUCUGAACUCUUAUUUGCUUCUCAAAAAUUUAUACGAAAAUUAGAGGAACAAUAUAGUGUUAGCUUACGUGAUGUUAAACGAGCUAUAAAAUUGGUGAAAUUCUUUUAUAAUUCUCUUGAGAAUCGUCCGGUUUACAGAAAAGGACAUAUUUAUCCGCCAUCUAGUAAUCCAACAAUAAGGACUAGAUCCUAUGUUCUAGCACUUAGUCUUUGUUAUCAUUCUCGGUUACAUAAACAAGAUUUACGUAAGCAAUAUCGUCAUGAAAUGGAACAAAUAUUACAAAAUCAUAAAAUUAAUACUGGGGAAAACAUGUUUGCUAAAAUUAUUCGCGAAGAACAGGAAGAUUAUAUUAGUAGAAUGCGAUGCCCACCUAAUGUAGUAAAGAAUGAAGCUUUAUUAGAAAAUGUUUUAACUACGAUUGUUUGUAUUUUGACAAGAAUUCCUGUAUUUAUUAUUGGAGAGGCUGGAACAUCUAAAUCUUUAGCUAUUCGUCUUAUAAUUUCAAAUUUGCGUGGAUCUGAUUCUAAAGAUGAGUAUUUUAAAUCUUUACCACAGAUUUAUCUAAUUCCGCUUCAAGGAUCCCCAUUUUUGACUUCAGAUAGUAUAGUAAAGGCGCUUGAUAAAGCUAAUAGAUAUCAGGAAAUCUCUACAAAGCAAUUUCCUGUUAUUAGCGCAGUUCUACUUGAAAAUGUCGAAUUGGCUGAAGCGAAUUCUAUCAAUCCUUUAAAAGUACUUCACUCUUUGCUUGAACCAAAUUUUCCGGCCAUUGGGCCAACUGUUUCCAUUAUAGGAAUAUCUAAUCGUUGCCUUGAUGUUAGUAAAAGUAGUCGUGCGUUACUUGUUCAAAGGCCAAUAUUUGAUUUGGAUGAUUUGGUUAAUAGUGUAUUAAAUACUAAAAUUAUUUGGCCUGGAGAAAGAAGUGCUAUAGAAUGUUUAGCUAAAGCAUAUUUAGAUUAUGUAAAAUGUGGCCAAGCAUCGCUUAAUUUCCACGGUCUUCGUGAUUAUUAUGCAUUGAUCAAUCAGAUUUCAUUAAAUGAAGUGACUCCGGAGAAUAUUCAAAUAGCAUUAGUUCGUAAUUUCGGAGGAACAAAAAAUAUCAAAUUAUGCGAGAAAUAUUUUGGAGAUUUUAUUAAAAUAUUUAAUAAUAAUCAUUCAUGGUUUUAUAAGCAAAUUCCAACCGAACAAUUAGUUAAUUCAAAUUUAAAUUAUCACGAUGGGCGUCAUUUAAUGAUUAUCGAUGAAAGUGACUCAAUUGUAAAUUUAUUAACUUAUCAAUUAAGAAAUUUGGAUCCAGUUUUAAUUUUUGGAUCACAAUUUCCUGACGAUCAGAGUGAUUAUUCUUAUAGUGUUAUGAGAAAAAUCAUGAUGUAUGUCGAAGAAGGAAAACUAUUAAUUUUAACGGAUCUGGAAGUAAUUUACGGAAAUCUUUACAAUUUAUGGGAUCAAAAUUGUAAUGCAACUGGAAACUUCGGAUUUGUUACAAGGGUCACAUUAGGGACAUAUACUACCCCUAUGCUUCACGUUUCGCCAAGUUUCAAAUGUAUUAUUGUCAUGAAUGAGAAUAAUUUGGCUUCAGCUGAUCCUUCACUUCUUAAUCGGUUUGAAAAACAAAGGAUGUCGGUAAAUGAUAUACUUAACGAUAGACAAAAAUUACUUGUAGAUUAUUUGAACAACUGGGUAAAACAAAUGUUAACAACUUCGAUUAGAAUUAAUUCAGCAACUCGGUUAUGUAAUAUUUUUGACCAAAAGGAUUUAUUCGUUGGAUUUAGUGAGAAUGAAACACUACAAAGUUUGGUUGUAAAUGUUAUAAUGAAUAAUCCUGAAGCAAACGAUGAUACGAUUUUAGAAAAGUGCAAGGAAUGCUUAAUUACAAUAGCCUCUCCAGAUGGAAUUGUAAGGUCGGAACUAUCAUCCUUAAAGCGAGAUGAGAUUAAUCGGUGGAAGCAUAUUUAUUUUUAUCGACAACAUCAUGAUAGUCUUUACGAUUAUUUUUAUGCCUCGCUUAGUCAAGAAAAGUCAUUGACGGAUCCAAAAAGACAAUUGAUAAUUAUUAACACAUUCUCUAAAAUCAAUACAGAUAUUAAUUCUUGCCUAAAAGAUUUUUUAAGAUAUCAAUUGUAUAAUUUGUCCAUCUUUAGAACUGAAGCUCAGUUUUCAGAUUUGGUAAAAAAAUUCUUUUUCGAGUCAGCAGAUCAAAUUUUAUUUCUCCAAUGUGAUGUUAAAACUAUUAAUACAAAAUGUAUCAAAUUAGUAAAAUGCAUUAUUGAACAGUUUCAAGAUGAAUUUUUUACUAAACGUGACACAAACAUGCCUAUGAAGCAUGUAUGUGUAAUAUUACACAUUCAACGAGGAUAUGAAUCAGUAACAUCAAAAUUUACUUGUGACUGGAAGCAAGUUACUAUUGAAUCUUUAGAACCACCCGAGGUACCAUCAAUAGAUCUACUGGAUAAGUCAUUAUAUGAUAUAAUUAACUCAAUACUAUUUGAAAAAAUAAUGAAUUCGACAAUGCCAUUCGAAAAACUUUUGCAUGAUGAAUUAUUAUGGUGCUUAUCAUGCAUAGAAUAUCAACAAUCUGAAUAUUAUGAAGAUUAUGUUAGUACGUUGAACAAACAAAUUCUAAAUGAUCCAUACUUUGUAGAAUGCAUAAAAACUAAAGCCUUUGAAUGGAUAUCAGAGAAUUGUAAAAAUUGGCAAGAUGAAGUAGCUUCAAACAAAGAGUAUUUAUCAAAAUUCGAUUACUUUUCAAUGGCUUUACAAAAUUCUGUAAGAAUAAUUAUUAAGCAAACAAUUGCAAAGAUUUUAUAUUCACUUGAAAAAUUAUCAGCAACGUCUACAUUUUUCAAUAAUGAAAAUAGGAAAGAAUUUGAUGAGGACGAAUUAUCUGGUUUAUGGAAACGAUUCUUUAUGGAUAAUACAAUUAUUAAUAUUGAUAAUUUAUGUGAACCAAAACAAUCUAUAUAUAAAAUACCGUAUUUAAUUAAUGAUCUUGAAUUUCCUUUUUCAUGUUAUUUUAUGAAUCUAAUUAAUUAUUAUGAAAAGUAUUAUUAUGAAGAAUUAGAUAUAUUAAAACAAGUUUCGGAAAACAUUAAUAAUGAAUUGUAUGAAGAUCAUAUAGAAGAUUUUAAAAAUAAUUUGAUUUCUAUACAUCCAAAUUUUGAAUAUCUACAAAAAUAUUCAGAAUUUUAUUAUAAUGAUUUUAUUAGAAUUAUUUUAUCAAUUUAUUCUAUGAAAUUGACUAGUAAAGAAAAUUUAGAUUUUAUUUUAAGAAAUUUAAUUGGAGUAACUGAAGAUAAAAUUAUUGAUCCAUUUAUUCUUCAUAUUUAUUGGUGGAAGUAUUCAAAUGAAAUUUUGAUUCAAUUAAAAUUGGUUGAAACUUUUCCAAAUAUUAUUAUAAAAGCUCAAAAUGACUUCAUUGUUCACGGACAACUUGGUCAAUAUCUCUUUAGGGAAUCAAUUAAUACGAUUUUACAAAAUAUAUGUGAUGAUAAACCAUGGAAACAAGAUAUGGAUUAUAUUUUAUCCAUUUUACCUGUAAUUAAAGAGAUUGAUAAUGAUUCGAAAAAAUUUUCAAAUUUAAAUUUAUUGCUUAUAUGUGGUGAUUUGUUUAAAAUAAAUUCAAUUUCAUCAGAAAAAAUCAAAGAAAUCAUUUAUUUAGGAAAAUCUGGCAAAAAACAUGAAUUUAUUACGACUGAAAUUAUCAAUUUAGUUUUCAGUAAUCUAAAUAAUAAUAAUAUAAAUCCAACUAUAUCAUUUAUUACAAGAAGCCUUAAAUUUAUCCCUUUAGAAUCUGAUGCUCGUUUAAUUCUUUACCAAAAUAUAUUUUCACGAGGUUCGUUCAAAUUAAUGAGUAGUAUAAUUAUGAAAAUAUUUACUACUGAAAUUCAGCAAAAUAAACAAAUAUUUUUCGCAUUAAUUAAGAAUUCUGAGGAAGCUUUGCAACUUUCAAUUAGAUUAAAAACUAUUGAUGAUAAUACCAAAAAUAUUGACUCUCAUAUAAUGGAACUUUAUAGUGAAAUAAUACAAACUAUUUUUAAUGAAUUUGAAUUAGAUGAAUUAUUACUUUAUUUCAAAGAUUCAAUUGAAGUAAUUAUAACACAAAAAGAUUUAUCUUUACAGCAAAUAACUUCAAUUGCAUUUAUGAAAGAAUUUAUUAACAAAUUUUGGAAUAACUAUUUUCAAAAAAAUAAUUCUAUAUCCAAAUCAUUGAUUCAAAAAAUUAACGAAGCUUUAAAAAAUAUCCAUCCAUCUAUUAAACUUAUACAAUCUUAUUUUGUAUUAAAUUUAUAUCAACAAAGUUCGUUUGAUAUGGACCAGCUCGAAAUAUUAAAGAAAGAAUUUAUAUGGCUUGAAAAUUUUACUAAUGUAGAAACAAAAAAUCUUCCUAAACUUUGGAAAUCAAUUAGAAAAGCAAAUUUUAAUGACUUUUAUAACUUUUGUAAUAAUUUAGUAUUAGACAAAUAUCCUUUACUUUCAGUAUUUUUGAAACAUUAUGAAAAAUUAAAGUUUAUUAAGUUUCUACAUCCAAUUAUUAAAUUUGUGAAAAUUUUGAACUUCAAACUUGAACAUCAUUUAACUAGAAAAGAGGCACAAAAUAUGACAUUUCAUGAAUUUAUUAAAAAAGAAUCUGCAGAUGAUGAUGAAUAUGCUAGUAAUCUAAAAUUCUUAUUUGAAAAAUUUGCUUUUAGCUGGAAUUCUAUUAUUAAUUAUAUUUUUGAAUAUCAAUGUAAAGAAUUACCUUAUAAUAAACCAAUUAUGAAUCUUGAACUUCCAGUAAUUUUCGGACUAAUUGAUCAAAAAGAUACUGGAAUUUAUUUAUGUGCUAUUAUAGAUUUUUUAAUUAAAUUACAUAAUGAAUUUUUGGAUAAUAUUAAGGUUAUUUUUGCUAAUAAAUGUGAAAAUCUUAAAUUCUUUGAAGUUUUAUCUUGGAAUAAUUUAAUUUCUGAAACAUAUUGCAUUAAAUCAAAGAAGGUAAUACUGGCACAAGACAAUAAUUUUAUUAAUUAUGAAUGGGAUGAUAAAAUUUUUAGAUAUAAUCAAAGAGAUAUGAAAGUAAAAGAUGAUAUAAAUUAUAUUUUUGAUUUACAGAAGAUUGAAAUGAAUUUAGCUAAAAAAUUGGUUUUUAACAAAGUUUAUUUUGAAAUGGAAGAUAACCAAUUUUAUAUAAAAGAUUUUUUAUUCAAAUAUGAGUUAUUUCAUAAUUUUCCAAGAAUUCUUUCUGAUAUUAAAAAGAUAUUACCACAAGAACCUAUUCCAGCAGACAAAAUGUUAAUGACUUUAGCAAUGUUUCAGCCAUCAAAUUCUUUAUUAAUUUUAAAUAAUUCAUUAAAUUCAAUUGACUUAUUUGAACUGAUAUUUCAUUUUGAAAUAAUUCUUUGUUUUAUUAAAGAAUUAUCAAUUAAAAAUAAUAAUAUACUUAUUUUAAAUUUUAUUAAUCAGUGGUUAAAAUUAGAAAGCUAUAAUAUUACAUUUAUAGAAGGAUUUUCUUUAAAACAUAUUAUAGUUUUUUAUGAAUUAAUUGAAGAACAGAUUGCUAAUUCAAUAAUUCAUAAUAUUGAUGAAAAAUUUAAAAUUCCAUUAACACAACAAAUGAAGGAUUCAAUUAAUAAUAUCAUGAAUUAUUAUGAUACAGAAAAUCAAAAUCAACAACUUAUUUCUGCUAAAGCAUUUGCAUUUGCUUUAAAAAGAUUUAUUUAUAGGUUUUUGUUAAUUGAUUCUAAUAUUGAAAAUUUGAAUUUAAAUAUAUACCUUUUAGAUUUUACAUUAAAUUUAUGGAAUGAUGUUGAAGAAAAAUUAAUUGAAAAAUUGUUUCCUACUUAUUUACUAGUAUCACAUGCUUAUAAUUGUUAUAAUUUUAUUGUUGCUGAAAUUGAGAAAACAGUAAAUGAAAGGCAAAAUAAUACAUCUGCAUCAACUUUUAGAAAAACUUCAACAAGAACUAAAAAGUUUAAAAAAUUUACAGGUUAAAAUAAAUUGGCUUAGUAUUUUAAAUAUAGUAGUUAUAUAUAUUAUUUGCAUAUUUUUUUUUUAAACAUAAAUUACUUUAUAGUUAUUUUAGAAUAAAAAAUUUUAUUGGUAUGAUUUUACUUAGUACUAUUUACAUUAUAUAUAAAAAGUUAAAGAUUUGUAAUUUUAGUUCUAAAACUAAUU